AUGCCAGUGUUCUCUUCAAUCAUCUAUAAAGUCUCGCUUCUGCUUCUCAUGACCCGGCUGGGAGUUGGAGCUUUUCCGGUCAUUCUUGCCGAGUCGUCUAGCAGUACAAAUGUCAGCAUUGCGGCAAGGUCUGGCGACAACUUACUUCUAGGAUAUGUCUUUGUACCAGAAGACGAAGCUGAAGAAUUGAAUAAGGCGGGAACGCUUACUGCACUCCCCUCCAAGGAUAAACCACUCGGUGAUGGAGCAUAUCUUUCUCCUCGGCCUACCACGAUGUUUCCUACCCUCGAUGUACCGAAAACGUAUUCGCAGUGUUCCGUCGAAGUCGGCAAGGAAAAAUUGGAUGAAAUGAUCUUGUAUUACCUUGCCGAGCAAAACCUUUACUACAAACCCGACGAAAUCAACUCCUUCCUCAUCAAAACUCUUCACGGGAAAUUCUCCAGUGUCAUUAUCCUCGCAAGCUUCACGAUCAAAGGAGAAAAACACAUCUUCAUGAGGAUUCCUCCUGCGUUCCUCGAACGAUCUCCGAAGAGUACUGGGAAUCAGAUUUAUGGCAAGAACACACUGGGAUUGAAAGUGCACUGUGUUCCCGUGUCCAGUCCGAAAGCAUUAAAAAGAAUGGUUGCCUGGGAGGCAUGGACUGAAAUCAAGAACUGGCCUUUGCAUGUCAAAGUUUGA